GCGGGCGUGAGGCGGCGAGUCACCGCCACCGGAGGAAAUUUGCGUGCUUCACUGAAGCUCAACCGCUGUAAAAAAAUCGAGCUAAGCCAAAUUAUUCUAUCCCAAAAAUAAUAAUAAUAGUAAUAAUAUUAAUACUAAAUAGCUUGUGUGAGUGUUGGUGUUGUAAAUAUUUUAACUUGGACAAUUGUAAAUAGAAGCUUCUAGCUGAUUUUGGAUUACUCAAUCGUGCGUCGAUAACCAACAAGUGGAGGGUAUCGAUCACCCCCUUAAAACAUCGCCCCACGAUUAACGACAAAGACGACUGCACGUUUUCGAAAUCUGCGUGCACUGGACGGCCACCAUAAUAGCGUUAUCUGGCGAUUUCCUGCUUUUCCCACUUCAGAACCGAAUUAAGACAAUUCGUGUACCAAGAGACCGGAACGCAAUCUAGAAAAAAUCCGUCCACCGAGAUUGAACUGGAACAGACACGAACUCAAUCAGAAUUUAUAAUUCAACGAUCCAAUUAAAAGAUGUGACGGCAUAACGGUGUGAAACCUCCUUAAUCAGGGUCCCUCGCGACCAUGGAGAAGGAUUCGGGACAUUACUGCUACGAACCCUAUCAAGGCAAGACCAAUUCGCUGAAGAGAGACGUCAAACCAAAAAAGGCCAACGAGACGUGCCGAUGCUUUGGAAAAUCGAGAAAGUCACGAACUAAGGCCUUCUUCACCGGUCUCGCCACAAACCUCGGCAUUUGCAUUCUACUCUUCGGCUACACUCUCAUCGGCUCCGUCAUUUUCCUGGCCAUCGAAGGGGGAAGUACGUUUCAGCAUUCCACGACGCAAAUUCUGGCAACUACUUCGAUGGCUUCGGAUUCCAACAAAAAGUUUCUCAACCACAGUGCUGAAUUUAAAGCGAAGAAUGACGAGGCAAGGGCCAGAACUGUCGAGAACAUCUGGGAUAUUACUGUCAGUCUGAAUAUUUUAUACAGAGAUAACUGGACGAGACUGGCCGCGCAGGAAAUCACCAGGUUCCAAGAUGAAUUGCUUAAGUCGCUGGGGGAGGAGUUGGCACAACAGCCCAUGCAAGAGAAGAAGAUGGUGGGAAGGAUUGGAGGGGAUAAUUAUGAGUGGACGUUCGCGAAAGCAUUCCUAUAUUCGCUAACUGUCCUUACGACAAUUGGAUAUGGCAGUAUAGCUCCACGGACGUCCUUGGGGAAGGCUGUCACUAUGGGUUACGCCAUGUUGGGCAUCCCCCUCACUCUUCUCUACCUUUCCAGCAUCGGUUCCAUCCUUAGCCGGGUAGCACGAGGUGUUUUUUCGCGAGCCCUCUGCUGCUGUCUCUGCUCAAAUUGCGGUUAUUGCUGUUACGACGAAAAACGCAUGGCCGAGAAGGAACGGCGUAUGAAAAAGAAACGCCAGCAGAUGGAACUUCAAGAACAAAUGGCGCUACAGGAACCUUUCUACGUACGCUCCAAUUCCGUACACAAUAAUCUGCACUCACCACUUCGCGACGGCGCGGUGAAGGAGAUCGACAGUUUAAGCUGCACGGACAACGAAUCAAAAUCGUCAAUGCAUGGGCUAAGCAUUCUAGCUCCUAUUCUUCUAUGUUUAGCUAUGAUGUUUAUCUACAUUUGCUUAGGGACUUUCGCUUUAUACAAGUUAGAGAACUGGGCUAUUUUGGAUGGUUUUUACUUUUGUUUUAUGAGUUUGACUACCAUAGGCUUUGGAAAUAUGGUUCCGGGGUCAGAUCCAUUCACGAAUCAUGAAUCGAAUACAACUAUCUGGUUUUGCUCAAUUUAUAUAAUGUCGGGCAUGGCGUUGACAGCCAUGUGUUUCAACGUAGUCCAUGACGAAAUCGUCCAUAGACUUAAACAUCAAGAGAAGGCUAUUCCUAAAUUGAAUUCUACAAGUUUCACCGACGAUUUGACUUCCUCGGAUCCUUUUAACAUGACGUCAUGACAAUUCAAUCCGCAUAUUAAAAAUAAUUUCUACCACAGAAAUCUGACGGAAGAAACUCUUUUGAGUACUGGAACUCCGACAUUAGAGCUAAGUGCUGGACACGACUUGACUCCCGCGAAAAUACCCGAAGUGUUGGAAGGUCCGGUAAUGACAGGAGUUUACACUGUUCCGGAAUUACCAGAAAAUGAAGAAAACUCCGAAGAUAAUACAGAAAUAUAAACAUAUCACCCAUUUAUUUGCCUUUGGUUCAUUAACGAAAGUUUCCUAAUGUGAUACUACAAAAUGUGUUUUUUCAAAGUUGACCAAGCAGAGACAGUUUCAAGCGAAAGUAAUUAUUCUGAUGUUGAAAACUAAAACGCGUCAUGAUUGUUCUAUUAUCUACGCUAAUAAUUCUUGUUACUAAGAAUUAUGAUUACUGUUAAUUGGUUUAUACCCCAGAACAUUGUACAUAACUAUGUGAACUUUACUGGUUAGAUAAAUAAAAUUCGGAUAUCGACGGAUCUGUAAAUAAUUUAGCUGUAAUAUACUAAUCACGAGAACAUUCUUUGUACUUAUUUUUAUGUUGAAUGAAAUGCUCCGCCGUUUAGAUUGUUUAUAAUUUAAUAAUAAAUUCUACGUUUAACUGUAAG